UAAUAGUAUUAUUAUUGGGAUUUAGUACUUUUUACUCAAUCAAUCAAAUACUUUUGUAAUUUAUACCGACAUAACAUCGCUACAUUACAAUUUUCAUUUAUCUUCUUUUUCUUGUACCCACUUCUUUUUUGCCAUUUUUUUUCUCGAAAUUUGACGCAGAAAUUUAUGUCAUUUUUGUAAAAGUGGGACGAAAUUGAAACUGUGUUUUGUUGUUCUUGACUAAUUGUCAAAUGGGUGUGAUCUGAAUUGUUGUUUUGAGGUUUUAUUGAUGUUUUAUUGAUCUUCUGCAAAAUGGUGUGAUGACGUGAAAAAAGUGGUUUUGUUUUUGGUCAGGUGUUCUGGGAAUUUGCUACAGGUUGCAAUUGAUCUGGGUUGCAGCAUUUUCAGCUAUAAAUCCUGAUCCAAAAUUGAAGUAAGGUAGUAGAUUACUGAUGAGCCUGAUGGCUACGCGUACUUUGUCUCUAGCCACACACGGAAGUAAUUUCCUGAAGGAGACGCUUCAAGCUCAGCAAGAACUUCUGCAGAAACUAUACAAUGAAUUGGAUAUGGAGAGAGAAUCCUCUGCUACUGCUGCUGAUGAAGCUUUAUCCAUGAUAUUACGCCUGCAGGGGGAAAAGGCAGCAGUAGGAAUGGAGGCGAGUCAAUACAAGAGAAUUGCCGAAGAAAAAAUCUCUCAUGUUCAAGAAACACUUGAGGUUUUCCAGGAAAUAAUAUACCAGAAAGAAAUGCAGAUUGCUUCCCUUGAGUUCCAAGUUCAGGCAUACAGGUUCAAACUUUUAAGCAUGGGGUGUGAAGAUUUAGGUGCCGGUGAGUUGCACUUUCCUGAUAACAUGUUGUCAAGAAAAAACGUGGUCUCAGAAGAAUCAAGUACUCGUUCUCUUAGACGGCUUAGUUCACUGCCACCUAAUCCACUUAAUGGUGUAUUGAGUAGAAGAACUUCUAAUGAGGGAACAACUAGGUCCUCAACUUCUUCUCCUAUUCCAUGGCAGGAAAGCAAAAGUGCAGACCCCUCUGUCAGAAAGGAGCAUGGAGACUUCCAUUCAUAUUGGGAUGAGAUUAGGAAGUUAGAUGAUCGGGUGAAAGAGUUGGAUAGUCUAAAGGUCUCUAAUAGUCCCCCUUCAACUGAGGAUACAAACGAUGUCCCACUAACAAAGAAAUCUGCAAUAAUGCCGCAUCCCUCACCAGAGAAUUUUCCUGCAAAAACAAAUUUUGUUGAAUCCCUUGAAAAAGUAGCGAGUGUUCAAGCAUGUGAAAGUUCUGCUUGCUCAACAACUGCUCAGGAUAUCUAUGAAGUCCCUAUAUGCUCUUACAUUGACAGUUCUAAUAUUAAGAAAGAAAGCCAAAAUGUAACUUUGGGAAGUGAAACUAGGAAUGGCAAACUAGAUUUGGUUUGGGGUGAGAUUUGGAAGUCUGAUGUCAAGGAACCGUUGCUAUCCCCAGAAAGUGACAAUAGUUCUAAGACAAACGAUUCUAAAGAUAAAAUUGACUGGGAAAAGAAGCCAUUGCUUUCCCCGGGUAGCAGUAAUGAAUCCCCUAAACUAAAAGAUCGCAAGACUGAUAAACCAUUGCUUUUCAAACACCCAACACUAGGCGGCAUUGCUGACUUUGAACUUCAGCAGUUUAAUAGAAGACUUAAGCAACUUGAGGAUCAGAGGUUUGUAACAAGGGGCCAUGAAAUGAACUCUGAAAAAGCUGAAGAAGAAGAAUUGAGAGUAUUGAGGGAGAUUAGGGAUAAAAUUGACUUAAUGCAGGCUGACAUAACUCGCUGGGGGAUUAAGAAGCCUUUACCAGCAGACAGUCGUUCCCCUGGUUGCCUUAAAGAGGUGAUCCUGUGUUUCUGGCCUUCAUAAAGAAAUCCUCAGACAAUCAUGGUACAGUUAUUUCUGUUCCAUUUUUUCUCCUUCAUAGAAUUGGUACCUGGAAAAGAAUGCAAAAGAAGUCAUUGAAGAUUACUGAAAGGUGUCUUCAGUCUUCUGUUUCCUUUCCUAAGAUGAGGCUCUGCAAAAUUGCUGUAGUUGAAUGUGUGAUGAGUUGAUUGAGUUCCUAAGUACAUAUAUUAUGUAUAGUUCCCCCGUUCAGGCGUGUUUCUUUUGUGUCUACAACCACAUAUAUACCCCGCCCCUUGAUAUUGUUUUUCCAUCUCAAACAGAUUUGGAUAUACAUGUGUGAAAGAUUGUAAGUUUGUAACAACACAAGUCUUUUGGAGAGGAUUUAGCCCUAUAAUCUUGUAUUUGUGACAGUUCGGUUUCUCUCCUUUCACCAGAGAAAACAACAUAUCUGAACUUCUUUUUCCUAAAAA